AUGGGGACAGCAUCCUCUCUUCUUUUCAAGAGCAGACGAAAAAAUGUCAGCAAACUGAGUAAGAAAGAAUUGCAGGAACUGAAGUCCACUACACACUUUGAAGCAAAGCAGCUUCGGAAAUGGCAUCGGGAUUUUGUCCAAGACUGUCCUGAUGGUCAUAUGUCAAAAGAGGUUUUCAGGAGUAUCUAUGGGCAGUUCUAUCCGACUGGAAAUGCGUCCCGAUUUGUUGACUAUAUGUUUAACGUGUUCGAUGCCAACAAGGAUGGAGUCGUCACGUUCAAAGAAUUCAUCUCUGCCAUUUCAGUUACAACUCAUGGUUCUAUUGACGAAAAACUAAAUUGGGCAUUUAAACUGUACGAUUUAAAUAACGAUGGUUUCGUGAGCCACAAUGAAAUGCUCGAUAUCGUUACCGCCAUCUAUCGGUUACACGGGAGAUUUUCUAACUCUAUAGAUGCCAGAGACGCAGCAGAACGACGAGUAAACCAGCUAUUUGUGAAAUUAGACAAGGACCGGGACGGAAAGAUCAGUUGUAAAGAGUUUUGCAGUGGUUUCAAGAACGACUCGUUCAUCGUUAGAGCUCUGGUAUCAGACGAUUUAACUGAAGGCACUUCACAAAGAACCACUCACGUCACGUGACCUUUCUCUCAGCGCACUCUAUGAGCGUUUAAUAUUCACUUUUGUGAACGUGCAUUGAAGAAUAUCUAAUUCGUAUUUUAGAUCUUACGUGGAGUUCCCCCAGGAGCGACAAGAUAGGAUCC